AUGCCCCCCUCGCGCUUUGACAACGGCACCAUCGGUACCAAUUACAGCAGUAUUCACUCAGCUGAUGCCUUUGUUGGCAACUACCAAGUCAUGUACACCCCCGGUUCCACAUCACCACAAUUGGAUAGACCUACGAAGAAAUCGACACGUUUCAGUCGAGCGGUGUCGUCAAAGUCUCAGAAUCUCUCCCAAUCCUUUGUGCUCCCUCAAAACAUCCCCAACACCUCUCAAAUCGUCGCAGACCAAGGCUCUUUACCAAAUCUUCACAUUCCUUACUCAAUCCCUGUGGACGAGAAGCAAAUUGUCGCUUCACUACGAACCCUACAGCGCGAUCUGAACGAGGCAGUCCAAACCAUUAACUCGUUGACGAGGGAGCGGGAUGAGGCCCUACUCGAGCUCAAGUUGCUACGCGCUGCGAACAACAAACAAACAGCUUCUGCAAAGAAGAUUCGUCGCGUAUCAACCCAUGUAGACGACGAACUGUUCGACAUCAGCCGGUCUAUGUCUCCAGACCAAUCCCCCGUUCGACGUUUCUCGUCCAAGAGCGCCGUCGCCGAGAAUAAGCAAAAUGGCAAGACGACAAUCUCAGACGAAGCACGUGUUUUGCAAUCAGUCAAUGUCAACAGACCAGCCUCUCCACCACUCCAAAAGCGAACAGCGAGUAAGACCACAGCAGAGAACAGGAAACCCUCCCAGAAUUACAAGAAGCCUGUUGUUAAUGACACGGAGAACAGCAUACUCGAUGACGCUACAGGGAUCUCAAACACAUCUCGCCGGCGCCGACACCUCGAUCUUGACGAGAACAUGACAUCUGCCUACAUCAUCCCUGAUAUCACCAUGUCUCAAGCCCAACCACAGGGUAGCAAAGACGUUGUCUCUAAGGGAGCCCAGGGUGUUCUUCACCGCCACGAUCCAGACCACAUCCAUAACUGCGAAGUCUGCCUCCGUCUCACCAACACCAAGAAGACCAAACAUGUCUCUCACGCCAAUGCUACGGCUCAACCAUCCAGCAGUACUGCAGCCGGGAAAAAGGCCUCGACCUCGAUCGACAGACCACAGCCCGACUUCACCGCCCAAAUCACCCAACUUCUUCAAGAUGCCAUGCUCGACGACCCGACCAUGAGACCCAAGAUAUCACCUUGGCAAGCUCUGUCCAACGUCAAACAACUCCUCACCGACCAGUUCCAAGAAGCUAAACGAAAACACCGUGUCGCGUGGGAGACGUAUGAUGACAUCGAGGCGCCUCUGAACAGCAAGCGACAUGCGGCUGUUAGUCAGGAGUUGUUCUAUUGGUCUAAGAAAAUGGACGAGUGUAGAAUUAAUUUAGACCAGUUGAGAGAUGUCGAGGAAGGCAUGAAGGGAGAGUACGAGAGAGAUGUUUAAUCGAACAGAGUGUUUGUUUCCACUCUUCGGUUGAUGUCAGUGAUGUGUCAGUCUCGGUUUUGAGCGAGUCGACUGGUUUGCCUGGACACUGGUUUAAACGCACGGGGUUUGAUUCGGAGCGCACACCUUUUUGCAUGUUGAUUUAAGCACGAUGGAUUGUCAGGCCAGACAGAGACGAAAUCAUGGCUGUUUAUCGGUAGAGAAUGAGCAUCUUCUCAUCAGGGCAACCGUGACGAGAUGUUG